AUGACGACUGGGUAUCAGCGGCUUUGUGUCGACUCCAUUAUACCGGUAUCUUCUACUCUUGUUAUUGCUUUAGCUUUGCGAACGGUACUGCAACUCAACGUUGUCGCUUCUGGAAUCGCAGUCGUCCUCAUCUAUCCGGUUGCGAAGCACCUCUUCAGAAGCCGUAAGGCAUUGUCCAUCGCUCCGGGUCCCACUCUGUGGCCCAUUAUCGGCAACGUUCACCAAAUCCCUUCUGAACAUCCAUGGUUAACUUAUUCGAAGUGGGCCAAGACCUACGGCGAUAUCAUACAUUUAGAUGCAGUGGGACAGCCUAUUAUAGUCCUCAAUUCUGCCAACAUAGCUAGAGAGCUCUUGGUCAAGCGAUCAUCGAUAUACUCUGGGCGGCCUCAUCUAGUCAUGGCAGGCGAUCUUGCAGGAAUGGGCCAGAGUUUAGCUCUGCAACCGUAUGGAGAAGAAUGGCGCAGACAGCGCAAGCUUGCGAAUCAAGAGUACAACCAGACAGCCGUACUUCGCUACUCGCAUGUCCAGGAGGCGCAAGCUAGGACUUUCGUUCAAAGGUUUUUGAAAAAUCCGACUUCCCUACAGAGCGAAUUGAGUCUGGGAAUGGCCGCCGUCAUUCUCGAAGCCAACUUCGGAUACGUGGUCAAGUCCGAAGAGGAUCCCUUCUACAAAUGGGCGCUUGUGACCAUGGAGGACUUUAACCAAGCUUCAAGACCUGGUGCAUUCCUCGUCGAUUUCAUUCCUCAGCUCCAGUACCUACCCGAGUGGAUGCCGGGAACUGGGUUUCUUCAGCUUGCGAAGACGUACCGGAAGAACAUGGAGGUUGCCACGUGGGAGCCAUUCCUCUGGGCAAAAGAUAAUAUCCUCAAGGGUACGGCACGAAUGCCCAGUUUGUGCGCAACCACGCUCUUGAAAGAAGAGCCCGUUUCAGAAGCGGACGAAGCUUCGCUCGUCCUCACGGCUGCUGCCUUAUUCGGCGGCUCGCUCGAUACUAGCACUUCUAGUUUGCUGUCGUUCUUCCUCGCCAUGUUGCACUAUCCUGAAGUUCAGGCGAAGGGCCGCGCAGAAAUAGAUGCCGUCAUAGGUUCGGGCAGGUUGCCAUCCGUCUCCGACAGAGCGUCCCUGCCGUACGUGCGAAGUAUCAUCACCGAAAUUUACCGUUGGGCCCCCGCGGCCCCCAUCGGUAUCCCUCACGCUCUGGACCAGGACGACGUAUACAAUGGCAUACACGUACCGAAAGGCUCUCUGAUCAUCGCUAACAUAUGGCACAUGCUACACGACCCAGAAGCGUACCCUGAACCCAAAGCGUUCAGGCCCGAGCGAUUUCGGGGGUCCGAUGCAGAGAUGCAGAAGGUGACGGAUGUCGCGUUUGGGUUCGGCAGAAGGGCGUGCCCUGGGAUGCAAAUGGCACAAGGGACGCUCUUCGCCUUUGCAGCCACGAUCCUCGCGACAUGCGAGAUUGUGCCUAUGUUGGACGCCUAUGGAAAGCCUGUCGUUCCGGAUAUUGCAUACACUUCCGGAGUCAUCAGCUUCCCGCAGGAUGUGAAGUGUAUGUUGAGGCCGCGAUCACCACAGGCGAAAGCAUUGCUGGAGCAGAGUUUGGAUUCUGUUUAA